UUAAGAAAUCUGUUUAUUUAAGAGGUAACCAUUUCUUCAUUCCAGCGCCGUGUGGGGGGACGUUGCGAGGAGACAAGAUCGGUAACUUGGACCCCACGGAUCCAAGGACUGGUCAUUCACUUUCAGCUGUUUACAAACCCACCUGUUCAUUACAUAAAAAGAUGCUGAGACUGACAGUAGGCCUCACUCUGGUGACCCUGGUUGCUUGCUUGCAGUGCCCCAACAACGAAGAGUGUGCGGCAGGCCAGUCAUGCUGCCAGGAUCCCACUGGAGAGUUCACCUGCUGCCCUUUCCAUCACGGAGAGUGUUGUGAGGACCACAUACACUGCUGUCCUGAAGGCAUGCUAUGCAAUGUUUUGGACUUCACAUGUGUAAACGCCACACAUACACUGCCAUCGGUGGAGAGGAUACCGGCUAAACAGUCAGACUUUCCUAAAUCAUUCAGAAUGAUCCCCUCAUUACCUGCAAGUGAAGACGACAUCACCUGCCCUGACGGCUCUUUCUGUCCUGCUGAGUUCUCUUGUCUGCUGAUGGCUUCAUCUUAUGGAUGUUGUCCAGUAGCACAGGGCCUUGUGUGCUCAGAUGGGAAACACUGCUGCCCAAAAGGCCAUGAAUGCAGUGCAGACAGCAGUUCGUGUGUCAAACAAAAAGAACAAGUUGAGACUGUUAUUUGCGGAGAUGGGAAGUCAGAGUGUCCUGUGGACACCACGUGUUGUGAGACAGAAGAUGGUCAAUGGGCGUGCUGCCCCAUGCCAAAGGCUGUAUGCUGUGAUGAUAAAAUCCACUGUUGCCCAGAGGACAGUGUUUGUGAUGUUGAAGGCUCUAAAUGCAUGUCCUCCACCAAUCAGGAGCUGCCCAUGUGGGCCAAGUUCCCUGCUCGCCUCAGGGCUGAAUGGGAAGAUCACAAACCUGCAGAAAUGAGGGCUGAAGCUAAAGUCACUACAACCAGACAAAUCACUACUGCUGGAAACCAAAUGACUACAUUGCCUGGUGCACUCCGAGAGCACUCUGAUGUUCCCUGUAAUGACACCAAAUCCUGUCCAGAUGGAAGCACGUGCUGUAAGACUAAAGAUGGAGGAUGGGCCUGCUGUCCUCUGCCAGAGGCCGUGUGUUGUGACGACUUCAUCCACUGCUGUCCUCAUGGCAAGACUUGUAACGUUGCUGCCGGGUCAUGUGAUGAUCCUUCAGGUUCUACACCCUGGCUGGAGAAGCUGCCCGUCCAAAGUAAGAAUGUGGCUGUUAAACAAGGGUCUUCAGAUGUUCCCUGUAAUGACACCUCGGCCUGUCCAGAUGGAAGCACGUGCUGUAAGACUAAAGAUGGAGGAUGGGCCUGCUGUCCUCUGCCAGAGGCCGUGUGUUGUGACGACUUCAUCCACUGCUGUCCUCAUGGCAAGACUUGUAACGUUGCUGCUGGGUCAUGUGAUGAUCCUUCAGGCUCUACACCCUGGCUGGAGAAGCUGCCCGUCCAACGUAAGAACGUGGCUGUUACACAAGUGUCUUCAGAUGUUCCCUGUAAUGACACCUCGGCCUGUCCAGAUGGAAGCACAUGCUGUAAGACUAAAGAUGGAGGAUGGGCCUGCUGUCCUCUGCCAGAGGCCGUGUGUUGUGAGGACUUCACCCACUGCUGUCCUCAUGGUAAGAUAUGUAAUGUUGCUGCUGGGACAUGUGAAGACCCUUCAUGUUCAGGUGUGCCCUGGGUGAAGCAGGUGCCCGUCCAACCAGUCAUCAGUCAGAAUGUGACUGACAAAAAAAACUCUGAUGUUCCCUGUAAUGACACCAAAUCCUGUCCAGAUGGAAGCACGUGCUGUAAGACUAAAGAUGGAGGAUGGGCCUGCUGUCCUCUGCCAGAGGCCGUGUGUUGUGACGACUUCAUCCACUGCUGUCCUCAUGGCAAGACUUGUAACGUUGCUGCCGGGUCAUGUGAUGGUCCUUCAGGCUCUACACCCUGGCUGGAGAAGCUGCCCGUCCAACGUAAGAAUGUGGCUGUUACACAAGUGUUUUCAGAUGUUCCCUGUGAUGACACCUCGGCCUGUCCAGAUGGAAGCACGUGCUGUAAGACUAAAGAUGGAGGAUGGGCCUGCUGUCCUCUGCCAGAGGCCGUGUGUUGUGACGACUUCAUCCACUGCUGUCCUCAUGGCAAGACUUGUAACGUUGCUGCCGGGUCAUGUGAUGAUCCUUCAGGCUCUACACCCUGGCUGGAGAAGCUGCCUGUCCAACGUAAGAAUGUGGCUGUUAAACAAGGGUCUUCAGAUGUUCCCUGUGAUGACACCUCGGCCUGUCCAGAUGGAAGCACGUGCUGUAAGACUAAAGAUGGAGGAUGGGCCUGCUGUCCUCUGCCAGAGGCCGUGUGUUGUGACGACUUCAUCCACUGCUGUCCUCAUGGCAAGACUUGUAACGUUGCUGCCGGGUCAUGUGAUGGUCCUUCAGGCUCUACACCCUGGCUGGAGAAGCUGCCCGUCCAACGUAAGAAUGUGGCUGUUACACAAGGGUCUUCAGAUGUUCCCUGUGAUGACACCUCGGCCUGUCCAGAUGGAAGCACGUGCUGUAAGACUAAAGAUGGAGGAUGGGCCUGCUGUCCUCUGCCAGAGGCCGUGUGUUGUGACGACUUCAUCCACUGCUGUCCUCAUGGCAAGACUUGUAACGUUGCUGCCGGGUCAUGUGAUGAUCCUUCAGGCUCUACACCCUGGCUGGAGAAGCUGCCUGUCCAACGUAAGAAUGUGGCUGUUAAACAAGGGUCUUCAGAUGUUCCCUGUGAUGACACCUCGGCCUGUCCAGAUGGAAGCACGUGCUGUAAGACUAAAGAUGGAGGAUGGGCCUGCUGUCCUCUGCCAGAGGCCGUGUGUUGUGACGACUUCAUCCACUGCUGUCCUCAUGGCAAGACUUGUAACGUUGCUGCCGGGUCAUGUGAUGGUCCUUCAGGCUCUACACCCUGGCUGGAGAAGCUGCCCGUCCAACGUAAGAAUGUGGCUGUUACACAAGUGUCUUCAGAUGUUCCCUGUGAUGACACCUCGGCCUGUCCAGAUGGAAGCACGUGCUGUAAGACUAAAGAUGGAGGAUGGGCCUGCUGUCCUCUGCCAGAGGCCGUGUGUUGUGACGACUUCAUCCACUGCUGUCCUCAUGGCAAGACUUGUAACGUUGCUGCCGGGUCAUGUGAUGAUCCUUCAGGCUCUUCGCCCUGGCUGGAGAAGGUGCCUGCUCGCCCUAGAGCAGGUCAAAGGUCAACUAAGAACAUGAAUUGCGACUCUAGUCACAUUUGUCCUGAAUCCAACACUUGCUGUAAGAACAUCGACGGAGACUGGGGCUGCUGUCCUUUGCCUGAGGCUGUGUGUUGUAGGGAUAGAUUCCACUGCUGUCCGCACGGCACCACUUGCAACCUUGUAACACUCACCUGUAAUGGCAACACCACCUCUGUACCUAUGUCAGUCAUAAACUCAUCCUCAGAUAAGGAGGAACAGAGACAGCACAAGAAAGUGAAAGAGGAAGUGGGGAAGUAUAUCAGGGUUCCAUGUGAUGCACAUACUUCCUGCCCAGAUCACACCACUUGCUGUCUUAUUGCAAAAACCAACAAAUGGGGUUGUUGCCCUCUGCCUAAUGCAGUAUGUUGCACAGAUGGGGAACACUGUUGUCCGGCUCACUAUAAGUGCGAUGUGAGCCGUGUGUCUUGCAUCAAGGGAGAUGUGGUGAUCCCCUGGUACAAUAAAAUUGCUGCUCAAAGUUCACUAACUCCAAACUCGGAUCUCAGCACCAAUAAGUGCGAUGAACAGUCGAGUUGCUCCACAGAUUCGACCUGCUGCCGUCUAACCACAGGAGAAUGGGGCUGCUGCCCUCUUCCUCAGGCUGUUUGCUGCCCAGACCAGCAGCACUGUUGUCCCAGAGGAUACAAGUGUGACUUGCGUAGACACUCCUGCAUAAAGACCACCUGGCUGUACGUAGAAAGAGUCCCACUUGCCCACAUUGGUGUCCAAAAGCCACAGCCAAGUGUCUCAGGAAAGGACAUUCAGUGUGGUGGUGGAUAUACUUGCCAAGAUGGCCAGACCUGUUGUCCAACCUCCCAGACCACUUGGGGCUGUUGCCCGUCUUCUAUGGCGGAGUGCUGUGAUGAUAUGAAACACUGCUGCCCUGCUGGAUACAAAUGUGGCACGGGUGGAAUUUGUACUCCAGCUGUAGGCUUUGACUGGAACAACUGGGACAGCUGGAGGGUGUUCUUCUCCAAAAAGAAACGAGCUACAACUCUAUAAAAAAACACCUGGGUUACUUAUAAAGUGUCUAAGUGUCAGAUUUUAAAUUUUUUACAUUUUCAAAGUACUAAUCAGGGGUAAUCAGACAGUUUACUCUACAAGUUUGAUUUUAUUAGCGGGGGAAAGUUUGAUGAGGGCUGACUAUGAUGGUUAAGUUUCCAUUGUCUAUCAGUAAUACUAAGUUUUGGCCAUUGAGCCAUUUGUACAUUUUAAGAAUAUAAUUUUUUUGUAAAGUGUGUACACAGUGUUCAUAAUUUUGCAUAGGUUCCAGUUUUUUGGUUACUGCUCAGUUUAUCUGAAGAUUAAUUUGACUAUGAAAUAGUGUAAAGAUGUAACGCAUAUCGACGCGUAGAUGAUCUUUAGUGGCUGAAUUUACACACCAAUUCAAACGCCGGCUAUUAUAAUUUGCCAUGUACAAAUGUCACAGGCCUCUCUGGUUUACGUGUUACAUUUUUUUUCAGACUUGACAUCAUGCAGUCUUGUGAUUAUGACUACAUUGCCCUGGAUAAAGAAAAACAUUAAAUAAACCUCUUUAGAGACCAGAUAACAUAUUUUCUGUGUAACUUCCCUAUGCAAGUCUUGAUCUUUACUUUUAUUUGUGUAAUUGCCUUCUUUACUGAAUUAAAUGCUUACUGGUUUUAACUGUUACAGGGUUUCUACUGGUUUCAUCAAAUCUAAUUUAAUGCUUUUUAAUGCCUUUUUAAUGCCAAUUUUUUAAUUUUUAAUGCCAUAUAUAUGCCGCUAAAUGUCGAUAGAUGACGACAUAUGGCAAUUAGAAAAUUCAUCAUGUCACUGUUGCAUUCGCUUUACGCCAAGUGUCAGCCCUUUACAUUUGUUUACUUCUCUGCUGCUACCCUUUUGCUCACAUAAUGUAUUUUAAUACAGCCAAAUUCCCAAUAAAAUUGUUUCAUCUAUA